UUUUUUUUUAAAUACUUCGCCUUAUAUUUCCCCAAACUGGACUGUGCAGCUGAUCUGAUUUAAAAUAUAUAUACGGACGUUUUCAUAUUGAAGAGCGGGUGGGGUCCAGCUCGUCUUGGAGCGUGCUGGUAGUGCUCUCCUUCAGAGGCCAACUACACAACAAAGCCAUACGUGUUACACAACUAACACACAGCGGGACUGUGCCUGUUUUCCCCUGGAACUAUGGAUCCAAAGCGCUCACACGGCAAACCUCAAACAAGCGGUGGCGGUGGCAGCAGCGAGGACUCCAGCUGCGGCAGCCCUGCGUCCCCCUCGAGCAGCCCCGCACAGACAUCAAGCAAAGCCCCGGUGCCCGGGGGAAACCUGUUCGCUAACGACGGCAGCUUCAUGGAGUUGUUCAAGAAGAAGAUGGAGGAGGAGGAGAGGAGGAAAAAGGAGAUGCAGCAAACAGGUGGAGGUGCCAAAGCCACCGAGCAAGGACAGACAACAGUGGAAAAGAAGGCCCUUCCCGUGACGAGCUUUGUGGGGAAGCGGAGAGGCGGUGUGUUCCUAAAGACCGGCAUUGUUGCGAAGAAGCAGAAACAGGACACAGACGCUGAGCCAGGCAAGAGCGAUGCUUGGUCUAAGUACAUGGCUGAGGUGAAAAAGUACAAAGCCCACCAGUGUGGCGACGACGACAAAACCAGGCCUCUGGUCAAGUAGACUCCGGGAGGUGAAAGUGAAGUGCUUUGCUGGGGGAAAACUACCUACGAGGGCCCGCCAAUCCUGACCACCUCAUGUACUGCCAGCUCAAGUUGCCCUUCAUUUUACAGUCAUUCACAAACUGCUUAGAUUGAACCCCCCCUCUUUUUUUUUUCCCAUUUUUAAUUGUUUUGUCUUGCUUGUUACUUGUUGGACUCUGUUCAUUUGAGUUGAUGUCAAAGUGUGUCAAACACUUGAACAUUCAUUAUUGUUGAGUACCUUUACAUUUGUCAUGUCUGGUUUAUGCUGGGUUUCAUUAAGAACUAUAAAUUGAUUUAAUAGCUAAAUCAAGGGUCAAUUAAAUGUACACUGCC